CAAAAUAAAAAAGAAUAACUCUUCUCUCUCUCUCUCUCUCUGGGUUCAAAACCGGGUAACGUGAAACCAAUUGGAAGUUGAACUUUUUGCGAAUCCGUUGUUUGUGCCCUUUCCAUCACUUGCCCUCCUUGUUCGCUAUCUAAAACCCAAAUUCAAUUUUCUCGUCUUUUCUCAGCAGCACCUGGUUUUGUUCCUAGAGAGAGAGAGAGAGAGAGAGAGAGAAUCCUGAGAGUUAUUUUCCUUCCCUGUAUUUCACUAUUUCUUUGCCAUAAUUAGCAUAUCGAUUUCUCUUUUGAUUUUGAAUUUCUUAUUAUUUCUGGAAUUAGCACAUAGAUUCCUCCUAGAAAAAUUUUAAUCGAUUUUGUAUUUUCUUGGAAAAUUUGUCAUAAUUCUCAAGAGAGUACCUGUUUUUUUCAAACUGAAAUUGGUUUUAUCUCAUCAUCUGUGACGAUCAUAUCACAAGUCUUUUCUCUCUGACGUAAUCGAUUCGUCAAAAAAAUAAAUAAAUUACCAACCACCAAUAUUUCUGAGAGUAAAAAAAACAAAAAAAUUGUGUAUGAAAAUCGAGUUUUUGGUUUCUGGGCAUCAUCAAAAUCAGACGAAAAUCAAAUUCUGAUUUCUGGGUAUUGGCGGAAACUCGAUUUUCCGAUCUGGGUUGGUCCGGAUUCGAUUCAGAGGUUGAUUUCUCAACCAUGGUCAUUAAAUCUAGAACCCUGGACAACUGGAGGGACUAUUUUCGAACCUCCAAUUUUGAUAUAUUCGAUAUAAUCGAGAACGCAAUUAUUGUUGCUGCUUCGGAUUGUCCACAGGAGUUCAGAUUGCGGAGAGAUCGAAUUGCAGUAACUUUGUUUUCAUGUAAAUUGAUUCGGUGUGUCGGGUGUGAACGCGUGGAGUUGAAAGUUCCUGUAGAGGAUGAGGACCAAGGUUGUAAGAGUGGGUUUGAGAAAAAUGGAUGUGAAUUUGAGAAUGGUGGUGGUAAAGAGAGCAAGGUGAAUAGUAGUAGAGAUGAUCAGGUUGAAAUGAAUUUCAACCCAGUGAGCAAUUACAGCUAUGGAGAAGCUGAGGCAUUGACUGAUGAUAUUGAAGAAGAGAGUCAGAUUUUUGGGGAGGUCUUGAGGAUCAAAAAGAUUAUUGAUAAUCGUCAAGAUGAGUCUGAUUCAGUAUUAUUUGAUUCACUGAGGAGGCUUCAAUUGAUGGUUUUGUCUGUGGAUACAUUGAAGGCCACAGAGAUUGGAAAGUCUGUUAAUGCUCUGAGGAAACACGGAUCGAAGCAGAUUCGACAUCUUGCACGGACGCUCAUCGAAGUGUGGAAAGAUAUGGUAGAUGCGUGGGUCAUUGCUACAGCGGCUAUUGCAGAUGCAGAAGGUACCCCCGAGUCUGUAAACCCAUCUGUUGUUGAUGAAGAAGAAGAAGGCCUCCCUUCUCCUCCAUUAGACGAAGGAGCUUUUCUUAAUAAGCACAAUAGAGCUCCCCAGGUGGGGUGUGGGGUGUGUGUGUUCAUUUCUUUUUUUUCUCAAGGAAAUAAGUUUAUUAGCCUUUUGUGGUUAGAGACUGACACAUUUUGCUUCUUUUUCUGUCUUUCUCAAUUGCGCUUACCAAAGUUCUUCGAUGGCAUAGAUGAUGAUGGAAAUCCUCGAAACAGUGGGGAAUUCAAGAAGAACCGUGAAAAUGGCAGAAACCCAUCAAUGGCGAAUCAAACUGUUCCCAAGUGGAAGCAGCAAGUUCCCCAUGAACCGUAUGUACCUGCCACGGACAAGAAGGGUGAAGAAAGGAAGAAUCAAGAACCUGUAAUGAAGAAACCAAAUGCUGUUGUGAAACCACAUAAGCCCUUGAACACCGAGUCUGGCCCUGGGAGGCUGACAAAAUUAAACAUGGAGCAAAAGGUCAGCAAUGAGACAAAAUCCCAGCAAAACUCAAACAGGCCGAUCACAAUCCAAAAGAAGCCACUAGCUGCUCAAGAAGAUAUGUCAAAUAGCUUGCUGCUUGGAUCAUUCAUUUUGAUCUAUUUUUGCUGUUCAAUUAGAAACCGAAGUGUUUGGAUGAUGCUGCAAAACUUGAAGCCGCAAAGAGGAAGCUCCAUGAGCGCUACCAACAAGCUGAAAAUGCAAAGAGACAAAGAACUAUCCAGGUCAUGGAAUUGCAGGAUCUCCCGAAGCAAGGGCUUGGCCCUAGGAAUCCUCACAUGAGACCUGGAAAUCACAACAGGCAUUGGGCAAAUGGGCGUCGCUAGCUUGUUUGUUUUUGUGAUGUUGAUUCGAAUAAACAACAUUUCAAAAUUUCUCCCAUUUUGAAAGCCAAUAAAGUGGAAGAAAACUCUUACUAUGUGGCUUCACCCACUCGAGCAUCGACGAUGACGCUGCUAAAUUAAGACUCAGUUUGAGGUAAUGAACUUUUUCAUUUGAUUUGGGUGGCUGGUAUAGAUUACGAGGUCUAAAUUCUUGAUUUGUUGUUGAUGAAUGUGAUUUUCACCCAUCCCAUAUGAUGAUUUUCUCUCAGACAUCUCCUUUGCCCGUUCCAUUAUCAGACUCUGUUACAUAUAUAAAUUUGCACAGAAUAAUAAGUACAUUUAUAGUAUGAAACAUUUUGACAUGAAAUGAGUGUAAGAAGUUGGUUGGAUGUUCACUUUUAGUAGGAUUGUAAUUGAUAUCAUGCUCUGUUGAAUGAAACAUGACUAUGAUACUAUUCUUUCAAUUAAAACGAAAAAAAAAA